GACUCGGGCUCGAAACCGUAUCCCGUCGACGGGGACCGCAUCAUCCACAUCCACGAGCUAUUCAACUCGACGGACCAUGCCAUCGCCGAGGGCUUGCGGGCAACGCCAUUUGUGUGGUCUGGCGAGACGGGCGGUUUCCUCAUCAACGGCAACACGAUAUCGGACUACCCCAUCGUCGACCGCGCGUCUGCCAAGCUGUCCGUCAUCGAGGUCGACCCGGGCAAGCUGUACCGGUUCCGCAUCAUCGGCGCCACGGCGCUCUCGUACGCGGCCUUUGCCUUUGAGAACCACACGGACAUGCCCAUCAUCGAGGCCGACGGCCACUACACCAAGCCGCACGAGACACCCCUGAUGCAGAUCGGCUCCGGCCAGCGCUUCAGCGUGCUGUUCCGCGCGAAGUCGUGCGCCGAGCUCGAGGCGCUCCGCAAACUCGACUUUUACCUGCAAAUGGAGUCUCGCGACCGGCCCACGAGCGUCGUCAGCUACGCCGUGCUGCGAUACCGCAACACCUGCGCUAAUAUGAGGCAUCGCCACGUCCACGACCUGCGCGUGUCGACGACGGCGCUGCCCAGGAUCAGGCCCCUGGACCUGCCGCCCACCAUCGAGGGCUUCCUCGACUACCAACUGAAGCCGCUGCACCCAAACAACUUCCCGGCCGAUUCCGAGGUCAAUCGUCGCAUCUUUGUGAGUUCCCAGCAGCGGAUUGACGGAUUCUUCCUGUGGACGGACAACAGCGUCUCCUGGACCGAUGACCACUUUCAGAGGUCGCCCUUCACUACCCCGGACGAGCCCUACCUGGUGUCUCUGUACAAGAAUGCAAGCAAGUUCCUGCCGGAUUUCCAGGCGUCCGUGUCCAACUACGGGCUUGAUCCGGCAACCAAGACAUACCCUGCCAAGCUGGGCGAAGUUAUCGACAUCAUCUUCCAGCAGGUCGGCGCUCAUUCCUACGACGGCUCGCCGGACGGAGGCCUUGAGACGCACCCUUGGCACGCCCACGGCGAGCAUUUCUAUGACAUUGGCGGCGGGCCCGGCGUGUACAGCGAGAAAGUAGCCCGGCAGCUCCGCCACGGGACCCAACCGGUCCUGCGAGACACGACGAUGCUGUUCCGGUACACGGCCCAUGUCCAGCCGGACCAGCCGUGGGGAUGGCGGGCGUGGCGGCUAAGGGUGCGGACUCCGGGCGUCUGGAUGGUCCAUUGCCACACGCUGCAGCAUAUGGUCAUGGGCAUGCAGACCGUCUGGGUGUUUGGCGAUGCGGAGGACAUUCUCGAGCUCAAUUACCCAGACGUGACGGGGUAUCUCGAGUAUGGCGGGAAUGUGAAUGGGAAUUCGUCGCACUAUGUCGAGGCUGUGCAUUAUUUUGAGCCGGGUGGCUGACCCAAGGCUGAAGAAACGAGAUGAGAGUGAAAUG